CAGCCGAACAUCACUGACCCCGGGCUGAACUGGACGCCUACUUUUCAUCCCAAAAUAGUUGGAGAGGACAUGUAUAAAACAGAAAGAGCAGAGCCUCUAAUCCUUUACUGGACGUCCCUCCUGCACCUAUCUGGCCCUUCUCCCAUCUCAACAUCAGUCAUCCAGUGACCUGCUGAGAUGGCAAUGUGCAGCAUCCUCAACGCUGAUGACAUCAAGACAGCUCUAGAUGCAUUUGCAGUUGCUGGCUCCUUCGACCAUAAGAAGUUUUUCGAGAUGGUGGGUCUGAGGGCCAAAUCUUUUGACGAAGUGAAGAAUGUCUUCAUGGUGCUGGACGCCGACAACAGCGGCUUCAUAGAGGAGGAGGAGCUCAAAUUCGUCCUGAAGGGUUUCGCCAAAGAUGGCCGGGACCUGACGGACAAGGAAACCAAAGACUUUUUAAAAGCAGCCGACAAGGAUGGUGACGGCAAGAUCGGAGUCGAUGAGUUUGCUGCCCUGGUGAAAGAAUAACUAGUCACCCAGUGUGACUGAAUAGCACUACAAGAUCACCUCCCAGCCACUGCUACAUCCCGACACCCCCUGGCUCCCCCGUCUCCCCUGCACCCGAGCCCCACCCCCCAGCCCACCAGACUGCAGCCGACACCCUCUUCACACACUCUUCUUCCUCGGCCUCUCCCCCACGGCUGUCUUCGCUAGAAAUGCAACGCUGCACUAUAGGAAGUAAGCUGUGGUUUGCCACGCUUCUCUUCAGAUGUCCCCGCAGCUAUAUCCACCCUAUUUAUUUUACCCUUUUUAUACAAACUGUUCUCGUUUCUGUUUAUGUAUAGAAAUAAAACAUGCCUGCAGGAAUAAACCUCACAUUUUAAAGCAUAAAGUAGAUAUUAUGAAGAAAAUAGAGAUGACUAGAGGAAGACCCUAGUGUCCUUCUGUAUUUCUGACUUCAUCCUCUUUCUGUUCUUAGCCAAGACUUCCUCUCACUUCCCCUCUUUCUCUUCUCUCUGUCAAUUUCACUCCUGGCACUGCUCCCUUCCUGCAUUCACUCCCCUUUCUCCCUCCCACACCAUCCACCCCAUCCAUCUAUCUAUCUUUCCAUCCAUCCCUUUCUCCUCUGGUAAUGAGCUGUUGUCAAACAUACCAAAAGAAGAAAGAGGUAAAGCUGUGAAAGAUUAAA